ACCUUUCCUCAGCUCACUGACCCAACUGCAGCUGCAAAACCAGCAUCGAGAACUAUUGUGCCGCCAUGUUGGGAUCCCUCCUGUCUAUCUGUUUACUUCUUCACCUAGUAGUUUCUGUACCUCAACCUCCCUGCCGUCGAUGCUGUGAACACCUCCCACCACUAGACGAUGCUGGAACCCUUAAAGAAAACUUGCCUGCAAUGCCUGAAGUCCGUACAUACAUAAACAUGACCAUUCUCAAAGGGGACAAGGGUGAUCGUGGAGAAAGAGGAACUCCUGGAAAGCCUGGAAUCGAGGGUUCCCUGGGACCACGGGGAGCUGAGGGUCCAGAAGGAGCUAAGGGACAAGUCGGAGCUCCUGGUGAUGCCUGCAAGUCCCAGCACUCUGCUUUCUCUGUGGGCCGACGGAAGUCCCUUCACAGCGUUGACAACUACCAGGCCUUAAUUUUCGACACCAUCUUCGUAAACACCCCCAAACACUUUGACAUGUUUUCCGGGAAGUUCCAUUGCCAAAUACCCGGCAUUUACUUCUUCAAUGUAAACAUACACACAUGGAACUUUAAGGAGACGUAUCUGCACAUCAUGCACAAAGAGAGUGAGAAGGCGAUUGUUUAUGCUCAGCCUAGCAACCGCUCCAUCAUGCAGAGUCAGAGCGUGAUGUUGCCUCUGCAGGAGGGCGAUGAGGUUUGGGUCCGCCUAUACAAACGGGAGCGCGAGAACGCCAUAUAUAGCGAUGAUGUGGAUGUUUACAUUACCUUUAAUGGAUACCUCAUCAAAGCAGAAACUGAGUGAGAUGAGAAACAUUGGCAGAAAGGAGCAAAAAGGAUCAUUUAUUGACUUAAUAUUUGAAAAUGGGCCAAAAAUGCUUUAGCAAUGCAACAACUUUUAUAGGCAAGAGGACUCUAAUAGGAAAAUAAUAAGGCAUAAAGGGAAUUAAAGGUGAAGUGUAUAAUUUUGGGACCUCUAGUGUCACCAAAAGGAAUUGCAAACAUAAUUACUGUUUUCAAAAAAGUUUCCCCAAACACUACCCCCAUCUGCCAUUGGUAGAACAAGCAGAUAGUCCCGCCCCAAACUUACACCGUUGGUUAAGCCAGUGUCCACGUUUACACGCACUUAAGAAAAAGAAACAAGAAAGUGGCAUUCUGAAAUGUCAUAUAAAUGAGAAUGCCGAUUUUCUUAUGCUGUUUAAUGGAUUAAGAGAAAGCGGUUUAACACACCCUGGUUUAUCCCAGAGAACACGGCUUAAAGUGGCAAUGUAAACACAUAAGUUGCAUUCUUAUAUGUGUUUGAGGAAUGAGCAGACCGGAAAGCUAACGUCUUAGGAUGGUGCCCAACAAAACGUCAAAACAGUGGAAAGAAUUCAACAUUUCUGGGAUUACAUUGGGAAAAGCGCAUAGAAUUUAAACUAAAGCCAUUUAUCCACCUUUUUCCUGACUUCUCCAUGGGCGGCACCAUUGCAGCGAGAGAUUUCCUCUCGGAUGCUCCACACUUCCGCUUAGUUGUUCUUAUCAGCUAGACUAAUGUUACUGGUGAUGGCGAGCAGCUAAGGGUUUGGAUAAUUAUGCGCUGUUAUAGGGUGUUAUAACAACUACAGGUAGCUGAAUAAUGACUGGAAAUUAAUGUCACAAUGAUAAUCCCCCAGAUGUAAUAAUCAGAGGUUACAUUAAACUAAUUCUCCGUCAAUUGCCUUUUUUUAAAAAAAACCUUUGUUUUAUUAAUCAUCUUCACAAGGUUCAUAUAUCAUGCCGCGCUGUGACUGUAUGUGAAUGUGGGAGAGACCAAGUUGUUCUCGGCAGAGUGCGUGAAAAGGCAGAACUUGUUAAUGCACAAAUAAUGCAAAGGCACAUGCCUCAAAUCUGAAGAUUUUUAAAUGGAACCUAUUAUGACCAUACGUCCUUUCUUUAAUUCCCUCCCUAAAAAGUGACCAGUCAGGAUUUCUAGAUUCCCUAAAUGUCCGCUAUUUGGCUGUUUUCGUAUUGAACUGCUCAACAAAAAACAUAAUUAAAUCUUGCACAUCAUAUACGUGAAUACUCUACUAUCUCUCUCUCUCUCUCUCUCUCUCUCUCUGCUGUAUGUCUGUCUCUCUCUCUCUCUUUCACUCACUCACACACACACACACACACACACACACAGAGAGAGCACUAGAGCCUAGUAACCUUACCAUGUAAAUGUGUGUGAUUGAUUGUGUACUUGAAACAGAAUGUCCACACGUGACCUUUAGUGAAAAAGGGAUUUACAUUAAAUAAGCACAGACUGUUCACUCAUUUUUGACCGUUGUUAGUGAUAUUUCAAUGCUUGGUAAUGGGAAUAAGCUGCGAAGCGGAAGUCUGUAGCAUCCGCAUUGGACGAACAUGCAAAGCAUAAUGGGUAAUUUCGCUGCCUGUGAAAAAGGUGGAUACACACCCAUGUAAAAUAUCGACGGUCCUUCACGUUCGGGUGUAUGCAGGGGAAUCCUGGAGUUUUACAUAAGAGGGAAACCCCACUAUUAUAGCGCAAUUCUGCUGCAGGUCAUGGUAGAAAGUUAAGGAAACAAAUACAGCAACAACUCUGGAAUAUCUGGAAAUGACACUAAGCAACAGAGAAGAAAAUAACAAAGUCUUCCUCGGAUGCCAUGUUUGUUAUUUGCAGAAGCAUCGUGGGGAAAUUACGUUGCUAUGGAGAAAACUGUUUACUGACUGAACCGCAUGUAUACAGGUAUAAAGAGAACACAGCUGUAAGACGUAAACACAUAUGCCGAUUUGGAGCCUCAAGCAGCUUUCUCACAAUAAACAGCUUUCUGGUGUCCAUGUAAACGUGGUCAAUGUUGCUGUGUCGGGCUGGUUCGAGACGCUCAAACAAACAAUGUUACCACAGUUAAAAAAAAAAAAAAAAAAAGGAAUAGCGCAAUGUGUAGAAUAAUUUUACUCAUUAUCUUAAUCUGGACAUAGAAAACUUUGACCAAUUUUCUGUUUGAAAUUAGUUGAGAGUGUGUCACCCUAGCUGUGGGUACUGAGGAAAAAAAUACACGCGUGUGUGUGGUGUCUGGUUCUGUUUAUUGGGCAGACAGGACGUGUGUGUGGCUUUCCCUUUUCAGUAGCAAGAAUCCACUUAAGAGAGACCUAGAUGAUAGAAAUAUAUAGAGAGCCCUUAAAUAUUACAUAUUUUCAAACCACAGGAGACAGAUUUCGUCCCAAAAUCUUGACUUAAAAGACUCUCAGGAUUGUAAAGAUUCUGAGAUGAUAACGUGCAAAGAAAUGGUGCUAAAUAAAAAUCUAAGUUUAAAACUUGCUAAAUUUCUGGUUGCAUUGUUACCAAAGAAAUCAGGUGCUACAAGUUUGAUGUUUGUAUUUUUUAACACAUUUCAGCAGGUGCUAAAAGUUACAUACUUGACUGCAAAAGGGACUGAAAAUAUUUUGGUUUGAAUAUUAACCGCUAAUAUUCUUAUUUCCAAUUUAUAUAUUUUAUGGAAUGUCUAGUGAACUGUAUUUUUAUUAUUUGAAAUGCCAAAAUAAAAGUUUAAUUCAACUGACUGAAUCAAAUAAACUGGAACAAAAUCUUUCUGUGGGGCAAAAAUAAAAA